GUUCAUGUUCACCCCUAGUCUCCACUAUAUAAACACUGUACUGCCUGCCUGUAUAUAAAAUCAAAAAAUAAAGCUGUGUUUGGCUGUGCGAUUUUCUUCUGCUCGGAUCUUCAACCUCAUCAUAUAAAGAUGGGGCUCUCUUUCACCAAGCUUUUCAGCCGUCUCUUUGCUAAGAAAGAAAUGCGCAUUCUCAUGGUUGGUCUCGAUGCUGCUGGUAAAACCACAAUUUUGUACAAGCUCAAGUUAGGUGAAAUUGUCACCACUAUUCCAACAAUUGGCUUUAAUGUGGAGACUGUUGAAUACAAGAACAUUAGCUUUACUGUGUGGGAUGUUGGUGGUCAGGACAAGAUCCGUCCUUUAUGGAGGCAUUAUUUCCAAAACACACAAGGGCUUAUCUUUGUGGUGGACAGUAACGAUCGGGACCGUGUGGUGGAGGCAAGAGAUGAACUCCACAGGAUGCUGAAUGAGGAUGAACUGAGAGAUGCAGUGCUCCUAGUGUUUGCUAACAAGCAAGAUCUUCCAAAUGCUAUGAAUGCAGCUGAGAUCACUGACAAACUCGGCUUGCAUUCACUUCGACAGAGACACUGGUACAUUCAAAGCACCUGUGCUACAUCUGGAGAGGGCCUAUACGAGGGACUGGAUUGGCUUUCCAACAAUAUCGCUAACAAGGCUUAGGGAAUUUCUUGAUGGUUUUAUCGGGUACCCAAGUCAAUCUAUCGGCUCACUCGUCACCUGGGUGUCGGUGUUACUGAUAUUAUAGUUUUUAAAAUUACCUAUUGUGGGUGUUGUUCUGAUGAUGUGAGAAUGUAAAAUGGUGAUGUAAUAUGUCGUGCUGAUGGUUUACAUUCAUGUUGCUAAUAAUAUACAUUGCUACAGAGCAAUUAGAUGUUGGUUUCCUGUUUCAUCUAUGCUGGUUUAUAUGGGGAAUUUUUUUGCCAAGUUA